AAAUGAAGACAGGAGUAAUUACAUUCAUACCAUUCCAAAUAGCGGCGAGCUAGCCUGCGUCUCUGUUCACACUCCACCCUUUCAAGUGAAGCUCACCGUGUACCCAUCCAUCCGGAACCUUCUGUCUCCGGCGAGCUUUCCGGCGAAGACUGGCGGACCGUAUCUUCAAUGUGAUCAAUCUUUCUGUGUUUCCCACAAAAAGGUGAACUUUUGCUGUAUCUGGGAAGCACCUACAAGGCCCUAAUCAGCUCCUCUUUCCAGCUCAAAUGGCAUCUUUAAGGGUAGGGGGUGUUUGAGGGUGUUUGAGCUGGAAGUCCAUUCAAGCAUGAUUAAACUCGAGAGAACUGCAAUCAGUUCUGUUUUGCUGUUAUGGAUCUCUAUCCGGUUCUUGUUUUCUUCAGUCUCGUGUUCACAGAUUCCAUUGGGUUCCAGACUUUCUUCGCUGGAGAAUAGCUAUUGGGUCUCGCCAAAUGGGUAUUUUGAAAUUGGAUUCUUUAACUACUCCUGCCGACAUACUUUUGGAAUACGAUUCAGUUCGAGUUUUUUCCCAGACAAUGAACACGAUGCAGUUGUUUGGGUUGCCGGGGCUAACAUUAGAGUUGCUGGCGAUUCAUACGUGGAGCUAACCCAUGACGGGGAACUGAUUUUGUACAGCUCUGCAACUGGGGGAAUCGCUUGGAUUAGCAAUAGUAGCAAUGCUGGUAUCGAAUCAGCUGUUCUUCGUGAUGACGGUAACUUUGUACUACUAAAUCAAAAGAACGAGGUUGUUUGGCAAAGUUUCAGCUCACCGUCUGACACACUUCUCCCUGGCCAGAAUUUGUCAGUUCCCAAUUUUCUUCGGGCUUCCAGCAAGAGUCCAGAUGAUAGUCAUUACACUCUUUAUAUGAAUGCUUCUGGGGAGUUGCAACUUAGGUGGGAUGGCAGUGUCAUUUACUGGACUUUGGGAGAUCCUUCUCGACCGGCUGUUCGAGCCAUACUUAACAACGAAGGGAUCUUUCAAGGUCAUGACCAAAGAUCUAACGUUAUUUGGUCCAUAUUUGGACAAGACUUCAGUGAUAGAGAUGUGAAAUUUCGGUUUCUUAAGCUAGAUUUUGAUGGCAAUCUUCGACUAUACUCGUGGAGAAAUGAUUCGAGGUCAUGGAGAUCAGUCUGGCAAGCUUUUGACAACCAGUGCAAAGUCUUUGCAACUUGUGGCCUCCAUGGCGUUUGUCUCUUCAAUUCAACCGCCUCCCACAUUUGCGAUUGUCCAUUUACUUCCACAGGUGACUCGAGCUCGGAGUGCUUGGUUCCAUACCAACCAAAUUGUUCAUCUGGAAUCUCCAUGAUUCGACACGACCACAUGUUCUUAUAUGGAAUCUUCCCUCCAAAUGAAACGGUGGUACAAACGAGUUUGCAGCAUUGCCAACGCCUCUGUGAAGAAGACUCGCUUUGUUAUGCUGUGUCCUUCGUAAACGACGGGGUUCCACAGUGUCGAAUUAAGAAAUCCCAGUAUGUUAGUGGUUGGGUAGAUCGUUUGUCGAGUUCAAUCUCUUUUGUCAAGACUUGCUCAAAUCCUAUUGCUGUUUUGCCCACCGAAAAGGACAACAAAGCAGACUCGUCGUCAGAAAUCUGCAAACUAUGUCUUAUAGAAGUUUCCAUGGCAUCGGUUCUUGCGUUUAUUGUGAUUCAGUUGGGGAUUGGGCUUUACAUACACAGACGUAGAAGAUAUGUUGGGAAGAAAGCCGUUUCCUUGAAUCUAAUGCCUAAUGCUAGUGGUUGUAUCGUGUUAUCCUACCUUCAAAUCGAGGAAUUGACGGGGAAUUUCAAGAACCAAAUUGGACCAAAGAUGUUCAAGGGCGUACUUCCAAGUAAGAGGUUAGUUGUAAUUAAAGAUCUGAAUAUUUCCAUAGAGGAAAGAAAGUUCCGAAAUGCUGUUCUGAGAAUAGGAAAUAUACAUCACAGAAAUCUUGUGAAACUCGAAGCUUUCUGUUGCGAGUCUAACUAUAGGUUCUUGGUUUACGAAUUUGCCAAGAACGGGUCCCUGGAUAAGUGUUUAGGAGAUCCUAAAAUUUGCAAGAGACUGACAUGGAGAAAAAGAAUAAAUAUAUGCCUAAGUGUAGCGAGAGCUGUGUCCUACUUGCACACCGGAUGUAGAGAGUUCGUAAACCACGGGAAUCUGAAAUGCGAAAACGUGGUUUUGGAUAAUGGUUUGGAAGCUAAGGUGAGCGAGUUCGGGCUGAGGGCACUUCUACCCGAGCCAUCCAACAACGAGGGUCGAGCAGAGACAGAUGUUCGAGAUUUUGGUACGAUGAUGUUAGUUUUGAUAACUGGGAACCAAAAUGCUUGUAAAUGGGCAUAUGGCAAAUGGGCUGGAGGUGAACUGGAGACAAUAGGUGAUAAACAAAUAGAAAGCGGGAUCGAUUUAGGUGAGCUGGAACGUGCAUUAAGACUGGCGUUCUGGUGCCUGCAGGCUGAUGAGCGAAUGAGGCCUUCAAUGGGAGAAAUCGUGAAGGUAUUAGAGGGCACGCUAGCUGUUGAUCCUCCACCGCCUCUUUUUGGUCACCCGAAUCAACACCCAGCUCCAAAAGAAGAGCCAACACCAUCACCCUCGCCAUCUUCUCCAGGCACGUAA